GAGUUCAGCUCCCUGGAGGGGUGAAGGAGGGACGUCCCAAAGACCGGCCUUUGAGGACGGAGUGGGAGUUGACAUCGGGAGGAAGGACCCAUUUGGGUGUCUCAGGGGUGCGAAGGUUUUAGGGGGACAGCUGGGGGUCUCCAGUCUAGAGACCACUGAAGGUUGAAGGAGGUACUACUUGGCACAAGGCCUUGGGUAGGCAGGGGGCGAAGUCCUCACAGAAGUAGAGUGGGUGGGCGAGGCCAGAGGAAGUGGCUGGGCCUGAACUUGGCACUGUGCCUGACACAAGGGCUUGGGCAUCCCCCUACCCACAGCGUUGCUCCCUGGACCACUUCUCAGGAGCAGGGUCCUCCUUCAUGUCCUCCGUUCUCUGACUCCCUGUUACUCUUAGCCCUGAGGAAUGAAGACUAAGUGUCCGAGCCUAGGAGUGAAACCCAAAUGCUGAAAGUUCAGGAGCCCUGGAAAGGAGAAGGAAUAAGACGGCAGGAGGAAGAGAGAGAGAGGGUAGAAUGGAAGAGUCUCACUUCAAUUCUAACCCGUACUUCUGGCCUUCUAUCCCCACAGUCUCAGGGCAGAUUGAAAACACAAUGUUCAUCAACAAGAUGAAGGAUCAGCUAUUGCCAGAAAAGGGCUGUGGACUGGCGCCACCUCACUAUCCCACUUUGCUGACAGUGCCUGCCUCAGUGUCCCUGUCCUCUGGCAUUAGCAUGGACACAGAGUCCAAGUCAGAGCAGCUGACCCCACACAGUCAGGCAUCUGUUACCCAGAACAUUACUGUGGUCCCUGUGCCAUCUACAGGACUGAUGACAGCGGGAGUCUCCUGUUCUCAGAGGUGGAGAAGAGAAGGGAGUCAAUCAAGGGGUCCUGGUUUGGUAAUCACAUCCCCCUCAGGCUCUCUUGUGACCACAGCGUCAUCAGCUCAGACCUUCCCUAUAUCGGCUCCCAUGAUUGUCUCAGCUCUUCCCCCUGGCUCACAAGCCCUACAGGUGGUCCCUGACCUCUCCAAGAAGGUAGCAUCAACCCUAGCUGAGGAAGGAGGCGGAGGUGGUGGUGGAGGUGGCAAUGUGGCUCCUCCUAAACCUCCUCGGGGCCGCAAGAAGAAGCGGAUGCUGGAAUCAGGGCUUCCUGAGAUGAAUGACCCUUAUGUCCUUGCCCCUGAUGACGACGAUGACCAUCACAAAGAUGGCAAGACCUACAGGAGCGAAGGGAACUGCGGCACAGGAAAUGGACAGAGCCUUGGGCUCAUGGAUUCAGUUCCCGGCUCCACCACGAACUUGCUGUGUGACCCUGGGUGCCGGAUGUGCUCACUGACCUUCUACUCAAAGUCGGAGAUGCAGAUCCACUCCAAGUCACACACCGAGACCAAGCCCCACAAGUGCCCGCACUGCUCCAAGACCUUCGCCAACAGCUCCUACCUGGCCCAGCACAUCCGUAUCCAUUCGGGGGCCAAGCCCUAUAGUUGUAACUUCUGUGAGAAAUCCUUCCGCCAGCUUUCCCAUCUGCAGCAGCACACCCGGAUCCACUCCAAGAUGCACACGGAGACCAUCAAGCCCCACAAGUGCCCACACUGCUCCAAGACCUUCGCCAACACCUCCUACCUGGCUCAGCACCUCCGUAUCCACUCGGGGGCCAAGCCCUACAACUGUUCCUACUGCCAGAAGGCCUUCCGCCAGCUCUCCCACCUCCAGCAGCACACACGAAUCCACACCGGUGAUAGGCCGUACAAAUGUGCACACCCAGGCUGUGAGAAGGCCUUUACACAACUCUCCAAUCUGCAGUCUCACAGAAGGCAGCACAACAAAGACAAACCCUUCAAGUGCCACAAUUGUCACCGAGCGUACACAGAUGCAGCCUCACUAGAGGCUCACUUAUCUACACAUACGGUGAAGCACGCCAAGGUGUAUACCUGCACAAUCUGUAGUCGGGCAUACACAUCGGAAACAUACCUUAUGAAACACAUGCGCAAACACAACCCUCCUGAUCUUCAGCAGCAAGUGCAAGCGGCGGCGGCGGCGGCAGCAGUGGCCCAGGCCCAGGCUCAGGCUCAGGCCCAGGCCCAGGCUUCCCAGGCAUCACAGCAGCAGCAGCAGCAGCAACAGCCUCCACCACCACAACCACCACACUUCCAGUCACCUGGGGGAGCUCCCCAGGGUGGGGGUGGUGGGGACAGCAACCCGAACCCUCCACCCCAGUGUUCCUUUGACCUGACCCCCUAUAAGACGGCAGAGCAUCAUAAAGACAUCUGCCUCACUGUCACCACCAGCACCAUCCAGGUGGAGCACCUGGCCAGCUCUUAGAGAUCCGUACUGCCAUCCACUGGAAAGAGGGAGAAGAAGUUCUGGUCCCUCCUUUGUCAACUCCUCUUGGUGGGAAAGUUCUCUUCUUCCUUGACAAGUCCUGUCUCCAGCUCCUUGGUCCUCAGGCAUGGCUUCCUUCGCAAGAUAACCAUCCUUAAUCUCAGCUGCUCCUGAUUGACAAAGGGAUCCUGAGCUGAUAGUGUUAUCCAACAGCCCCAUCCAAGCAGAGCUUUAAGACUGGGGGUUGGUGCUUGAGAGAGGAUCUUCUCUGGCCUCACAUCUUGUCCAGUGUGGGCACUUACCUUCCUCUCUUCUCAUCCUCAAAGUUGGGGCCGAUAGAAGGCUAGCGGCUGGUCCUCCCAGAUAAUACAGAAGGAAGCUCUAAAUGCAACCAACCUUCCGUUCUACGCUUACCUGUAAAAGAACAGGUUUUGCACGUGGCCUGACCCCUGUGAGCCAUUUUCUUUCCCUUACAUGGUCUCACUUCAUAUUGGGUGGUGACUACCUUUUUAUUUGUAAGGAGGCCAGUAGGCAAUACAUGGUCGCCAAGGUGCCAGAGACUCUCCAGGUGACCAAGGGUGGUUAUAAGAGUGUGGGUUAUGAUUUUUCCUUGCAGCCUCCUUCCCUGCCAACCAAGGGCCUAUAUACUUUGCCUCACCACACCAGUCCAAGGAGCUAUGGGAGCUAUGUUCUCUGUAAAACCCCAGCCAGGGUAUUGCAGAGAAGGGAGAAGUCAGGGCACACACAAGGACUGGACUUAGCUCCCUAGGUGCCACGGUCAGAUGCCGGACAUGGAUUUAUAUAUAAAUAUAUAUAUAUAUAUAUAUAUAAAUAUAUAUAUAUAUACCUGCUCAUCACGGCCAUCUUUGUUGUAACCAUUUCUGUGUUUAUAAAUGCAUUAUCUCUGAGAAUUUUCAUAUUGAUGUUUUAUUUUUGUCUUAUUUUUCUCCACUUUGUCCUCUGGCCAUGGCAUUUUAAUUUUCUUUUACCUUUUAAUUUUUUUAAUCACGCAGAUUUCAGAGAAAAGAAAAUUAAAAUAAUCAGGAAUUAUACAGUUGUUAUAAAGCAAUUUAAAAAUGAAAAAAUCUUAUGUACAAACUAAGGGGUGUUUUUAGAACAUUGUAUAGAAAUAAAUUCAUGUUUAAGGAUGAGAGCAGUGAGCUACUGAUGUAAGCUAGCAUGGGAAAAGACUGUUUGGGGAGAUACCAGGACAGCAUUAAGGACGGAAACUGGAAUGUGUGAAGAAUGAAUGCUUGUGUGAUAAGCCUCCAUGUGACUCUUCAACCAUUUUAAGUUUAGGAACAUUUGUGUAUAAAUUCUGUCAUCGGGAUUGCAUUGCCUACAUAUGUGAGAGCAAGGUUUUGUUUAACAAAACAGCUUAUAUUCCUUACCCUUUUUCCUCCACAUCAUCAAAAAAAGGGGUGGGGUGGGGGAAGUAUGGCCUCUUCAAAGGACCUGCACUAAUUGUGCCUUCCCUAUUGUCCAAAUUCUACUGGGCAUGUGUGUCGUUAGACUGCAGUGCCUAAGACCAGAGGUUUCCAGUGAAGGAAACCAUAGCCAGCUACUGGGCUUAGGACUGAAGAGAAUGCAAAAUGCAGUAAGCUUCCAUAAAACAGUGGUUAUCAUGCUCACCUCACAGUUGAAGACAGUUGUACUGGACAGAGCAUGACCAAGAAACCUAAGACUCCUCACAGUCUACCAUGAAAGGAUUCAGCCUAAUUUCCAAGACGGCUUCAUGAAGAUUUAAGUCCUUCUUCAUACAGUACUGAGAAAGUUGACAAAAGUUCUCAGACCUGAGAACUGACCAACAGUCAUUACCUAGUGAUGUGGAGAAGUAAGUUCCAUUCAGUUUGUGACUAGGCAUCUAGGACAGUAUCUCAGUGUGCCAUUGUUGGCUAGCUUCUUGAUGCUUUUUUCCUUCUCUCGCUGACUACUGAGUCUCUGCCAGCCCCGUUUUCAUCACAAGAAUGGGAAUAAGUACCUUUGUGGGUGAAUGUCCACUCCCACUCCCACCCAAUGAUAAUGCUGCCUA